UGCUAGUAAGUGAAGUACGAUCGAUGUACCGACCUCAGCGUACGAUCAGUUGCCUUGCGAAAGCCGCACAGUGAUAAUGGCGCGCCGCUUCGUGCUACUUACUGCUGCUGCUGCUGCUGCUGCUGUGGUCGCCACCGUGUUGAUAGCUGAGUGUUCGGCUCACCUGUUCCCGGCACACCCGAAUGUACCGGGUGAUGAGGAAGGCAUGAUGUUACCGUACGAUCGUAUAGCGCUAGAUGAUUGUCACAUGCGAUUCUGGAAGGCGGGUAAAAUGGGAUUGGUCGCACCGGCCUACGGACAGCCGGCACUGUUGCGUGAGUUCGCCCACAUUGCCGCGAUCGGUUGGACGCGAAAGGAUGGUACGAUCGAUUGGAACUGUGGUGGAUCGCUGAUCUGGGAAAACUUCAUCCUUACCGCUGCCCACUGUGCUGUCGAUGAUGAAGAAAUCCCGCCCGAUGUAGCACGAUUCGGUGAUCUCAACAUCUACAGCGACGAGGACGAUGACUAUGCACAGCAGCUGCGGAUAGUGGAGGUGAUACGGCAUCCACAGCAUCGCUUCAGUGCCCGGUACUACGAUGUGGCGCUGAUGAAGCUCGAGCGGAACAUUACCGUACACGAAACCGUUGCACCGACCUGCCUGUGGCUUGACGACGAGGUGCGCUUCCCGAAGCUACUGUCUGCCGGCUGGGGUAGAACCGGUUUCGCCGAGGACAAGACGAAAAUUCUGCUCAAAGUGGCACUAACACCGAUCACCAAUGCAGCGUGCUCUCGGUUCUACACGAGCGCCGAACGGGGGCUACGGAAUGGUCUGCACGAUCACCAUCUCUGUGCAGGUGAUGAACUGAUGGAUACCUGUCCGGGCGACUCUGGGGGUCCACUGCACGUGAAGCUGCUACACAAUGCCAAGAUCAGUCCAUUCCUGGUCGGCGUUACGUCCUUCGGUAAACCCUGUGGUCAAUCGAACCCCGGUGUGUACGCUCGGGUGUCCCAGUUUGGUGGUUGGAUCAUGGAAACGUUACAGAAGCACGAUCGGUUCAUUACACCGGACAAGUUUGAACCGUGGUCUUGCGCACUGCGGUACGUGCACGUGCGCGAGUAUGAAGAGGACGUGGUGGUCUCGAGAUCGCGUAACUAUGAAACGUACAACUCGGAUAAUGCGCACCUCGAAGCAGGUGAUAGCCCACAGAGGGUGAGGAUAUGGUGGGCGGAUCGAUUGCAACCUCGGCGUACCAACUGUUCCGGUGUGCUGUUCGAACCGGAUGCUGUCCUGACGCUGGCCGAGUGUGCAACACACCUGGGUGAAACUCCUGGGAGAGUCAUCUUAUCCAACUCGAACUACAUAGAGGUCAGGGAAACGAUCAUUCACCCGAACUACCUGGGUGGCAUCGAACCGUACUACAACAACAUUGCGCUGCUGAAGCUCAAAGGGAAGGUCUCCACGAUAACGCCACUGUGCGGCUGGUACCAUGACGAUCUGCCCGCACCGCAGUUCGAGGUGCUCGGAGUAGGCCGUGCCGAUCUGACACCGUACAACCGGGACCAAGUAGUGACGGAAUUAGAUCCACGGCAAAUCUCACUAAACCCUCGUGCCACGUACAAACCGAACAACGAAUGCCAACUGGCGCCACAGUUCCGGGCGAAGCUGUCGCGCGGUCUCCAACGGGAGCACCUGUGCUUCCAGAACGUUCCGUUUGUGGUGCCCGGAACCUGUCAGCAACAGUUCGGUGGUCCGGUUGAGCGUGAAAUGUGGCGCUUCGGGCGGUACUUUAACUACUUCUACGGCAUCAAUCUGCUCGGCCGUGACUGUGGCUUUGGGGAGCCGGCCCUGGCGGUGCGUCUGAAUGGCCAUAAGGCGUGGCUGGAGUCGUUGCUUUUGCCAAAGAGGCAAACAGCAACUGCUGCCCAGCAGCCGAGUGAUUCGGUGAUCUUCAUCAAUCCGGACCUAAACCUUUCUGACCGCUGCAGCUACACCGAUGGCACUCGGGGGGUUUGCGUGGCGCAGAACGAGUGUCCCAACAUUCGGCAGCGUAUGCAGGCCAACAAACCCGUCACCCUGUGCUCGAGUGGAUCCGUCGUGUGUUGCCCGACGGGUGAUAUCCGUCCACCAGCGAGCGCUAUCGAGCGGGAGUUCAAUGAGUGCGAACAGCGGUACCAGCACCUCCGGAAGCAGCGGCAGCAACGAUGGGAUGGCUUUCAACCGGUCCAGCGACGAUUAUCGCAUGUGGCGGAGGUUGGUUGGCAGGGUGUCAACGAAAUCGCGUUCCAGUGCAUUGGCUAUCUGAUCAGCACGCGGGCGGUUGUGGCGGCUGCUGCGUGUUUAGUGUCGAACGAGUACUAUCCAUCCGUCGUGCGGCUGGGUGGAAUGUGGGCUCACGAUAAGCCCGACAUAGCGAUCAUCCGGAUCGAGAGCCACGAGAUCCAUCCAGGGUUCAACCAGACCACCCAUCUGCACAACAUCGCCCUGCUGGUGCUGGCCACGCCCGUCACCCCAACGGUAACCAUGUUUCCGGGUUGCGUCUGGCAGAAUGUAACGCACACACCGGUCGAUCUGCUGAUUCUCGGUAGUGGAUCAUUGGAAUCGAUCCAUCCCAUGUACCGAAGCGAUUGUGAUGAGCGCUUUGAGCGACCAUUCGUCAACCAAGGGCAAAUCUGCAUGGUCCCGGGUGCGUUCGGACCGGGAACAUACUGUUAUCCACCCGGUGGUCCAAUCGUUUGGCAGAAGAUGACUGAGAAGAACCUCUUUACGGAGUACCUGGUGAACCUUUACAGCCAUGGGAGAUGCAAUUCAACCAAUCUGCGCAUUGUACACCGUAUAGCUGUGUACAUCGAUUGGUUUAAGCAAGUACUGGGAUGAUGCCAUUCAGAUUCGCAGGCAUCUUCCUAUGCCAGGCUAUCUAUCCUAUGUGCCAGAAUACUACCUUUAAGAGAGUGCGAACUAAAGGGAAUUUUUUGGGCAGAAGUAACAAUUCAAUCUUUCAAACCGCUCGUAAUAACGAUGCCACCAUUGUUUUAUUUAUAGUUUAAUAUAUUGUUUACAGGGUGCCAAAAGCA